CUUGACAGCGCGACGGUGCUUUCCCCUUUUAAAAACCGAAACAAAGCAAUUUUAGCACUUAAUUAUCUACUGAGUGCGGCAGGAAAAGAGAAAACACUGCGUCGAAUUCAGAAUAAUUUCUGCAUUUCCGACUUCUCUGACAUCUGUCUGUUUUGCAUGCAAGUUCAAAAACAUACUAGUGUACUGAAUUUCUUCAGAAAUUCAAGGAGGAAAGACGGGUCGAUGCUUUUCUCGACUCGGCUCGGGUACUUUGGGCACAUCGAUGUGCAAAAUAUGACGGCAGGUUAAAAUGAAUGUGGGUCAAUGGCUUUUACUGUAGCUGCUGUAAUACACACUUAUUUACUUAUAUUAACACAGAUAACAUUAAUUCACAGCUGGAUAUGUUCAGAUGGCACACUUUUGCUUUGAAUUGUAUAGUCAUGUUAAUACUGAUAUAAGCUUAAAGAUUAAAUUAAACUAUUUCAUUGUGUAUUAUUUUUAAACGAUUUCCAAACUUGAGGAGCAGCAUCAAUUAACAUUUCCAUACAGCAUGAAGACAGUGAGUGAAGGUUCAGACUCAGCUUAAAGUCAAUAUGACAACUGAAGUCAUCUGCAGCUAAAAACACAACUCCAGUAAUAGAAGUGGCCCCUCUGUCCUGCAGAAUUGUAUGUUUUUAUUAUGAAACUGGACAUAUUACCACAUUUAUGAUGUAUUAAUGUGUUUGUGACAGAUCAGUGCAAUGAUAAGAAAACAGGGUAACAAAAACCACUGAGAGGUAAACUUCCUUUUUGAACUUUUCUGCAUGCUCUUAGUGAUGUCAUGGAUUUUUAUGUCAUGUUGAUCACAUGUUUUAGUGGCUCAUGACAGCAGACAAAAGGUUGGUUUUCACACCUUGGUCCAAAAAGUUGAACAAUGUCCCACUUUUUCUGAUCCCAUUACAGCAUAGAACAAAGAGGAUUGUCCCAGAUGUAGUACAUUACAGCUGACUGUGUCUGUCUGCAAAUGGCAGCUUUCUGGUGUCAAUAUAUUGGAGUCACAAAGUUACAAUGCUCUUUACUGCAAACACAUUAUAAAGCACAUUGUAAACAUUAUAGUCAGCCUAAUGCUUAAUUGUAGAUUGUUUAGCACUGGUGUUGUUGGGAGGACGCAGAGUUACAGUAGAUCAGAUACACAGUGUCAGUCAGAUCAUUCAUGUAUUAGAUCAUCGGUUUCCUCAGGUUGAUAUGUCACCAGACUGCAGACUCAGAGCUGAACUUGCAACUUGAAAAUGAGGAAUAAGGAGAAUAACUCAAAGAAAGGAUCCAAACCAACUGAUUAGCUGAUUCAAUGUCACUGCCACCCUGCAUGUGGCCAUGUUACCUGAUCACACUUACAAAAAAAGAUAAAUGUGCACAAACAAGCCUACAUAUGCACACACAUAAACACAACCCACACCUCAUCUCCUUGUCUCUAAUCUUAUCCUACUCCACCCUCAGACCAGGUUCUUAUUACCAGGGUCAAUUUGGGACUUUCCUCUUUCCACUGAAGUGUGGAGCGGGCAACGGAAAGUCAAAGCUUGGUGUCUAAAGUCCCUGAAACACCCUAACACUGCACAAACAUACUCUGCAGCUGUCAGGGCACUCAACCAUUAUGGUCCCCCCUGGCGUAAGGUAUCACUGUGUAUGAAAAACACUAGCCUACCUCUUUUUCAGCCAGUCUCACCCUGAAAGCACACAUGACAGAGCUUGCUGCUGAAGGAAUCAGACACUGACUGAGGUGUAACAACCAUAAAGAGCAUAUAAGUGAACAGAAAACAGAAACAUUCCCAUGUUUGAUAUUUGGGGGUUCAGUAUUUUGAGGCAGUGCUUGAUAGUGAUAAUAGAAACACAAAUCAUGGGGGUAACAUAUCUAGACACAAAACAAUGAAAUGAGGCCCCCUUGUGUCAAAAAAGCAACCAUGCAACUAGACUCUCAAAAAACAAUCAAGGAAAAAAACAAGCACUAAGAGAUACAAAUCCAUCUGCACCUGGCCAGUACAAAAUACUCCUCUUUGGCUUUUGAGUCAGCUGCUUUGACACUUGUCUUUUGCAGCAGAUGUUGGGGCUGCUGCUGCUUCAACAUGCACAAAAUCUGGCAAAAGACAUUUUGUUGUUUAUUUAAAGAAUUGUUAAAGCACAUGCGUGCUCUUUGGUUAAGGUAGAUUAAGCUGGAAACUGAAUGUUCAGAUGAUAAUCAUUAGAUUGCAGUGUCAACUCUAAACUAGGUGAGCAGUAUCUGAGUUAGUGUCUCCCUCUUGUGGAUGUUAAAGCAGAGGCUGUAAAUUUUCUCAUUCUACAAGAAGUGCAGAUUGGGUGCCACAAAGGAUACAAACAUUAAUUUGGCAAAACAUAUUUACUCAGUGUAUUUAGAAAUAAAUAAUUCAUCCACUGCAAUUCUGAAAACACCCCAUGAUGUGUGCUGCAUAAAUAAGUUUAGACUCAAAAUAUGUAAGUAGUUGAUAAAAUAUUAUAUUGAAUGUGAUAUUGUACAUUAAAAAUUCUAUUACUCAUUCAGCUCAUACAACUCUAACAUGGUGUUGCCAACAUGUAGUAUUUGUUGUAAAUGAUGGUUUUAGUACAGUUGUUUAUGUAAGUGAAGGGUGUGUGGUUCAAGUAGCACUUGGUGCUAAUAGAGACAUAUUAUCCAGCCGACUUCUAAACUUUUUUGCAUACACAUCAGGAGAUAUAAAAGAUAACAGUUUGUAUGUAAGUGUAAGUGAAGUAACUACAAUGUUGACCGUGGCAUUAAAACACUGUAGAUCAAAGCAGGGGACUAUUGGAAGCAGGGGCAUCGCCUGGGACUUUGGACCCCUUGAAAAGAUAUGACAAUGGGCCCCACUACCACAGGCCAUGUGAACCCUGAAAAUAUAACUGCAAGCGACAUUCAGUGGAAUUCACUGAACUAAACGUACUUUUAAUUGUGAAAUUAAAACAUUAAUGAAUUUCUUGGAAUAAAUGUAACUUAAAUAUACAUAAGCCUCCACAAUUAAAAAAAACAUUAUCAUCACUUUAAUAAAGAUUGAGGCACUCAAUGCUUCAAACUGUCCAGCAUCUCAUGCAGAUUUAGGCAGCUUUUCUGUCAUAUAAGGAUCAUUAUGUGGAUCAUUAUAAUGUUUGAUUCCUUAUCAGUGAAAAAUGUUUAAUCAAGUCAUUUAAUCACUUAAUUUUCAUAACAACAAAAACUUCCCACAGAUGCCGUGCAAUCGUGUCAAUUGAUAUGUAAUUUAACAGUGUUGCUCACCUCCUCCCUCAGUUGACAGUAGACCUGGUUCAUAGGUAGGCAGGGAGACGAUACUGUUGAGCCUGAAGCUGCAUCUGCUGGGGCUGGGAACAAGAAGGGGCAGGGACAGCUGAUUAAGAGUGAAUAACUGGUACAAACAAACUAACUCAACACACAAAGUACAACUGAGGCUGACAGGCAUUGCUUUUGCAAUAUAUGGAACAAAUAAAGAUUUUGACCUCAUGAUGGCGCUAAAGGAAAAGUUUAGGAAUCACCGUAGUUAAUACAACUCAUCCCUGAGGGGACAUGAAUGUGUGUAUCAGAUUUCAUGGUAAUUCAUCCAAUAGUUGUUGCAACAAUUUACUCAAAACCACGAACGUCAUCCUCAUAGUGGUGCUAAAGGAAAAGUUAGGGGAUAACCAAAGCAAUUACAGCACUUCAUCUGCAAACCAUUAUUAUCUUUACCAAAUUUCAUGUAGUUUUAAAAAUAUUUCAGCAUGGACCUACUGACAGACUGAGAUUGACAUCCUGAGAUUUAUGCAGCUGGUGAGGCUAAAAAUAACACACAAGUUUGUGUUAACUUCUGAAGAAAUGCCAACUCAAUCCAUUUAAUUACACAGUAAACACUGUUCCCUGCUGACAGUCAGGUGAAGAUGAUGAUUCUUUUUAUAUCUCAACAAAGGAAGCUAUUGGAGCUGCUGAACUUUGACCUUUGUUCUCAUUUCACAGGCAUCCUGUCCGUUAGUAAGUAAGCAGUCUACCUGUCUGGAUACUGUUACUCAGGCCUCGUGGCUUGCUUUCACUCUCAGUAAAUGUUCAGUUCUAAGUCCACACCUCUCUGUCUUCCUCCCUCCCACCUCUCUCUCUCUCUCUCUCUCUCUCUCUCUGCUUGCCUGCCUGAGUAAUAGAGCAAAGAAAACAAACCUGUUUGUCUGCCUGCAACCAGGAAACCAAUCAAAGGUUGCACCAAGAAAAGAGAGAGAGGGUGACAUCAAGAAAGAGAGACAAGAAACAGUAACAUUUGAGGCCAUGACAGAGAACAUGUUUCCGCUGUGCUGUGAGUAGACGUCUCAGCUCUGUUGACCCUCAGAAUGUUGGACUGCUUGUGCUGUUGAAAUGUAUGUAUGAGUUCUGGUAAGGAGAGUUCUGUGCUAAAUAAUGGGCAAGAAAGGCUGAGUGUGUAUUUAGGAGGGUGGAGAGAGUAGGGAGAGAACGAAGUGGGAUGAUAAAAGUUAAGACUGUUUCGAGGGUUUAUAGUCAGUCUCAAAUCAUCCCUUCCUUUUGUUUUUCUCUUUCUUGUCGCUGGUAUCUUUCGUUGUACUAUGACCAACCUCAUUUUUUUGAAUUUUUCUUAAGCUCUGACAGAGGAGUGAGGCGCUACAAACAGGCAGCAGUGUCAGUUUUGAGUGGGAGUUCAGCUUUGAACACCUUUUUUAAAAUGCUGUAAUUGCACAUGUUGUCCAUUGUUGGAUAAUGUAAUGCUGUUGGAUUGCUAUUACAUGGUUCGAUGAUGGAGGCUGUUUGAGGAGGCUGAGAUGUGUGCUUUUCAGAUGAAGCGGAGAACUCACAAUAAUCACUGUAAGGACAACGAAUGCCAGCUUAAACACUCAAAGACUUGAGCCAGUGUCAAUAUCUGCUCAUAAACAUUCACCCAUAUUCAGACAUUGCGUUUUCACACCUCUUAACACAACUGGACCAUCGUUAUUUAUUGUUACACCCCCACAUGUAAACACAGACAGACUGACAUUUAAGGUAGUCCUUGGCUCAAUCACUUUCACAGACACACACACACACAGCAGAGAAAUGAUGGCGACAGCAGGUUCAGAAACCACAAGCUCCCAGCUCCCUACCAGCAGAGACCGGCGGCUGGUGGACAAGGCCCUCAAGAAACUGGAUAAGCUCCACGAGCUGUGCACUAACCCCAGGCUGGGCCUGAGGAACAGUCCGCCGUACCUGCCAGAGCUGGUAUCUGAGACGACAGCGCUGCUCACGCGGGUUUGGGAGCCCUACAGAGGCUUGAAGGCGGCAGGUGGACAGGUGCCCCGGGGAGACGAGGCCAACUACCUGAAGGUCCAUGCCAGAAACCUGCUGGAUAAGACAGACAGGGCCGUGCUGCUGUUUAAAGAGGGACGGGAAAAGAUAUUUGAAGACACAUCGAGCUACAGGAGGAACCUGACGAAACUGUCCUUGCUGUUCAGUCACAUGCUGUGGGAGAUGAAGGCCAUGUUUCCAGAUGGGAGUUUUCAGGGUGACACCUACAGGGUGACUAAGACAGAGGCUGAGAAGUUCUGGUGGCAAUCAUUUGGAAACAAGUGUAUAGUUCAGUGGAAUAGUUUUAAAGAAAAACUGCGGAGCGUGCAUCCAUUUGAGGAAGGGAUGGAGUCCAUGGCUCUGAAAUCAACCAUCGAUCUCACCUGUAAUGACCACAUAUCUGUGUUUGAGUUUGACAUCUUCACUAGACUGUUUCAGCCCUGGAAGUCACUUUUAAGGAACUGGAACCAACUAGCAGUAACCCAUCCAGGGUACAUGGCCUUCCUCACCUAUGACCAGGUUGUGGCUCGUCUGGAACACUACUUGCAUAGGCCUGGAAGCUACAUCUUCCGCCUGAGCUGCACAAGAAUGGGCCAGUGGGCCAUUGGCCAUGUGACCACUGAAGGUAGCAUCGUCCAGACCAUCCCCCAGAAUACAUCUCUCUACCAGGCACUCAUUCAAGGCUUCAACGAGGGCUGCUAUCUGUACCCAGAUGGCCGAGAUGUGAACCCCGACCUGACGAGCUUGUGUGAACCGUCCCAGAAGGGAAAAGUCAAAGUUACAGAAGAGCAGUAUGAGCUCUACUGUGAGAUCGGCAGCACCUUCCAGUUGUGUAAGAUCUGUGCAGAGAGAGAUAAGGACACUCGUAUCCAGCCCUGUGGACAUCUCCUGUGCCAACCCUGCCUCACAGGCUGGCAGCAGAAGUCAGCUGGCCACACCUGCCCAUACUGUCGCUGCGACAUCAGAGGAACAGAGUCCAUACUGAUCGAGCCCUACCUGCCAGGCAGUGGUCACUGGGAUGAGGAGGAGGGUGAGGACGACGCAGAGGAGGAGGACCAUGAGGACAUCGAACUGGUAGUAAAGGAAAUGGCUGCCCUGAGGAAGUUCUCAAGUUUGGAUUACCAGGUGCCAAGCUCCCACCUCUGCGCUCCACCUCUGCCCCCUAAAAACAGUACAAUCCCACGCUCUUCAUAUCCCACCAACCAGUCCCAGACAUUAGAAACCAAGACGCUGGCCAAAUACUCCCACUCCAGUUCAGCUCACGGCAUCAAUGAGGCACAUAGGAGACACAAACAACAAACAAACAUGAAUAGGCAUCAAGGGGAGGGGUCACACACCAGUGAGGAGGAGGACUCUGGUGGGCUGAGAUCCAUUAUGCCAAAUCCACUCUUCCACAGCGCUGAACACCUUACAGAAGCAAACUGUUCUUCUUCAUCCCAGAGGGCUGUUGACAGUGGAGCUGCGUGGCUGGGACCCUCCCACGCAGUCGAGGAGAAAAGAAGACACAGAGAGAGGGAGGAAAGGAGAGCUAGCCCCAGAAAAGACAAAUAUGGCCUGGGUGAGAUGACGAGAACAAUGUCAUCCUGACACAGAGAAGAAAACAAAGUGAAAGAUACCUGGGGACUAAAAUAUCUUCAAGAAAUCAGCCUUCAGGGAAUGUAAAAAUAGUUUUUGGUGUCAUGUUUAACCGUAAAUGACCAUGUGUGUCUGCUGCACUGCUGAAAUUGAACUGCGUGGGUGGUGGCUGACAGAAAAGUUGCCCACUGAGGCCUCCUACUGUUCAAUAAUCACAUUGCCAUUAUCUCCACAGUAGGUUCAGCACUCAUUCCUAAAUAUAGUCUCACACUGUCUUCUUUAUAAUUAAAAGGAUUUUCUGAGCCUCCAUCCAGACAUAGAAAUAAAUGACUUGAUAUUUGAAAAUGUAAUUAUGUGGACAGUUGAGCGAGGGGCAAUACCUAUCAUGGACAUUUGAUGCGUUAGAAAUGUGCUACCUCGUCAUUUAACCAAUAAGUUUGUUCUUAUGAAUAAGUUACGUGAGUAAAUCAAGGCCUCCAUAUAACUCAAUCAAACUGCCUUAUAGGGUACUAAUAAACCUGAAACUAACACAUAUUUGAAUUUCUA